ACCCUCAAAUCCGUCGAUAAACCCCUCUUAUCCUCUCUCUCAAUUUCACCUACUCUUUCCUACUGCUCUCUCUGCUUUUCCCUUUUUUCGCCUCUCCAAAAACUGAGGCACAAUUAGAAAGAUCUUCUCUUUUUCUGCUAUAUAUCUCUUAACCACACCCUUUUUCUUCGUCAUCACCGACAUAUCCUGGUUUCGUUGAGGUUUAUUUGUGAUGGAAAAUGGGGAGGAAGUAUUUGGCAAGGCUGGGGUAGGGGAGAGGAAUGGUGUCGUAGAUGAGACUGUGGAAUUGCAGGCGGAGGAUAAGGCAGCUGUGAGGCCAGAUGUGUCAAAGGAAUUGGAAGGGGAUGAUGUGUUUGAGGAAGCAAUAGAGCCAGAGACUCCUGGUGUUGGUGUUGAGGAUGGAGUUGUCAGUGAGGGCAAUGAUGGCAAGUCUGGGAAUGUUAACUGUUCUUUGGAGGACGGCGGGAAUUCUGAUUCAAGGGAUGAUACUGACAACUUUAAGGAAGCAGUUGAAGCUUCGCAUGAGAUACAGCAUGCCGAUGAUGAGUCUAAUCAGAAGUCAGAAGCUAAAUGGAACAAGGAGCCUUCUGUUGAGAAGCAAAGUGCUGAUGAAAUAUCUGCAAAGGGGAACUCUGAUUCAAGGGAUGAUUUUGAGAACUUUGAAGAAGCAGUUGAAGCUUCACACGAGAUACAACAUGCUGAUGAUGAGUUGAAUCAGAAGUCAGAAGCUAACUGUAACGAGAAUCCUUCAGUUGAGAAGCAAAGUGAUGAUGAGUUAUCUGCAAAUAAUGAAAAAGAAGUGGUUGAGCAGAGUAACAUAGUAGACAAGGGUAAAGAUGAGGUGGCUGAGGUUUCAGAUCUGGGUGCUGCUGUAGAAACUGAAAUUUCAGUAAAUUGGGAUGAAAAGAAAGAUAAGUCAGCUGAACCAGUUAAGAAAUCUGAGAAUGGAGUUUCCAAUCAUGUGAACUUGGGAGAGGCUCAAACUCAUGAUGAUGCAGAUGAAACAAACCCUGAUGUUCUUGGAAAAUUGGAUACCCAGGAUGCUAACGAGGCAAAAGUGGAUCUUCAGAACCAGGUUCAUUCGUACAAAGAUGCUUUGCUGCGUGAUGAAAAGAAUGUUGAUGUGAUUGAAACAUCUGCUGUUCAGCCUGCUGGGCAUCAGGACACUGCUGACGUCCACAGUAAUGCUUUAGUUAGUUCUGGCUCCGUACUGAAUGAUGAAAAAAAUAUUGAACGGGAAGGAGUGCAUUCUCUUCUUGUAAAACCUGUGAAUUCUGAUGUUAAGGAUGAAGAGCUGAAAGAUAUUUCCCAUAAUGAUGCUUCCACAAAUGGUCAUCUUGGAGAAAGCUUGAACCCAAGUGAUGAACUCAAAGAAGAAGUAGUGCCUACUCCAGAACAAAUUAAUGGUAGUUAUGUGGAUGACGAGCAUAUGGAUAUAGAAAGAACAGUGCCUUGUCCGGAACAAGUUAAUGGUAGUAAUAAGGAUGAAGAGCUGCAGAUAGAUGGAGAAAAAGCAGUAAGUAGUAUAGAACCAGUUAACAGUAAGGAUGAAGAGCAAAUAGAUGGGGAAAAAGCCGUGGCUAGUCCAGAACCAGUUAAUGGUAGUAGUAAGGAUGAACAGCAGAUCGACGGUCCAGGCCAUGUUACUGCUUCUACUCUGCAAGAAGGAAGCUCCCCCUUAAAGGCAGAAUUGAGAGACAAAGAAUCAACUAGCCCAGAACCAAUAGCUCAUGAGGACAUGUCGAAACAAAAGGAUAUUCAGAACGGUGAUGCUACUGAUCAUCAAAGACUGGAAUUAAACGAGUCGCCUGCUACUGGGCCAGGGAAUUUGAAUGACAAGAUCAACAAGCAGAAAAAUGUUUCUGUUUCUGGCACUCCAGCCUUUGAAAAGCAUACCAGAGAUUCAGUAAUGGAUAGAACCACUGCACUGGAUGAAAUGUCUGAAUCAUCAGAAGUGUUGAUGUCCAACAAUCAUGAGAAGGUCUCCGAGGUUUCUCAACCUCCAGUAGUUGAUGCAGGCGUUGGAGUCGAUAAAGUUGUUGUGAAGGAACCAGAAGCCAGAUCUGCAACGGAACUCCCAUCAUCUUCUGGUGCACCUGCAACUCGGAUACGCGCACCUGAUCGACCUGUUGGCCUUGGUCGUGCUGCCCCGCUAUUGGAACCUGCUACUCGAGCAGUUCAGCAGCCUCGUGUAAAUGGAACAGCAUCUCCUGCACAAAACCAGCUUGUUGAAGAAUCCACAAAUGGAGAGGCUGAUGAAUAUGAUGAGACACGUGAGAAGCUCCAGAUGAUAAGAGUCAAGUUUUUGCGUCUAGCUCAUAGGCUUGGGCAGACUCCACAUAAUGUGGUUGUUGCCCAAGUCUUGUACAGAUUGGGGUUGGCUGAACAGCUGCGGGGGAGAAGUGGAGGUCGUGUUGCUGCUUUUAGUUUUGAUCGUGCAAGUGCUAUGGCUGAGCAACUUGAGGCAGCUGGACAAGAACCCUUGGACUUCUCUUGCACAAUAAUGGUUCUUGGGAAAACAGGUGUCGGUAAAAGUGCAACCAUAAAUUCGAUAUUUGAUGAAGUUAAGUUUGGCACUGAUGCUUUUCAGUUAGGGACAAAAAAGGUUCAGGAUGUUGUUGGGACUGUGCAGGGAAUCAAGGUUCGAGUAAUUGAUACUCCUGGGCUUUUGCCUUCCUGGUCAGACCAGCGCCAGAAUGAGAAGAUCCUUCAUUCUGUGAAACGAUUUAUUAAUAAGACACCCCCAGAUAUUGUUCUGUAUCUUGACAGGUUGGAUAUGCAGAGCAGAGAUUAUGGUGAUAUGCCGUUGUUGAGGACAAUUACUGAAAUCUUUGGACCAUCAAUAUGGUUUAAUGCCAUAGUUGUUCUGACGCAUGCUGCAUCUGCUCCACCUGAAGGUACCAAUGGUACUGUAACGAGCUACGACAUGUUUGUAACUCAGCGGUCUCAUGUUGUCCAGCAAGCAAUACGUCAGGCUGCCGGAGAUAUGCGCCUUAUGAAUCCUGUUUCGCUAGUUGAGAAUCACUCAGCAUGCAGGACAAACAGGGCUGGACAAAGAGUGUUGCCUAAUGGACAGGUUUGGAAGCCUCACUUGUUACUUCUGUCGUUUGCGUCAAAAAUAUUGGCUGAAGCGAACACAUUGCUUAAAUUACAAGAUAGCCCACCAGGCCGGCCUUAUGCCACUAGAACAAGAUCUCCUCCUUUACCUUUCCUGCUGUCAUCCCUUCUACAGUCAAGGCCACAGGUUAAACUACCAGCGGAUCAAUUUGGUGAUGACGAUGAGACCUUGGAUGAUGAUCUGGAUGAGUCUUCAGACUCAGAAGAUGAAUCAGAAUAUGAUCAACUGCCACCUUUCAAACGCUUGACCAAAGCUCAGCUGGCAAAGUUGUCCAAAGACCAGAAGAAGGCAUACAAUGAUGAGUUGGAAUACAGGGAAAAGCUUUUUAUGAAAAAGCAGUUGAAGGAAGAGAGGAGGAGGCGGAAGAUGAUGAAGAAAAUGCAAGCUGCAGCUGAAAGUUUACCACCAACUGAUCCCAGUGAAAAUGUAGAUGAGGAGACAAGCGGUGCAGCAUCAGUGCCAGUACCCAUGCCAGACUUGGCGUUACCGGCUUCAUUUGAUUCUGAUAAUCCAACUCAUAGAUAUCGAUAUCUCGAUUCUUCUAAUCAGUGGCUUGUGAGGCCUGUCCUAGAACCUAAUGGUUGGGACCAUGAUGUUGGUUAUGAGGGCAUCAAUGUAGAAAGAUUGUUUGUUGUCAAAGACAAGAUCCCUAUAUCUUUGUCCAGUCAGGUUUCGAAGGACAAAAAAGACACCAAUCUUCAAAUGGAAAUUGCAAGUUCAGUGAAGCAUGGGGAUGGAAAAGCAACUUCUGUAGGUUUUGAUAUGCAGUCAGUCGGUAAAGACCUUGCUUAUACUCUUCGCAGUGAGACCAGAUUCUGCAAUUAUAGGAAGAAUAAGGCGACAGCUGGUCUUUCAGUAACUCUCUUAGGUGAUGUCAUGACAGGUGGGGUGAAAGUUGAGGACAAAUUAGCUUUUAAUAGACGGGGACUACUGGUUGUGUCUGGGGGUGCCAUGUUUGGCCGUGGUGAUGUUGCUUAUGGUGGUAGUUUGGAAGCGACAUUGCGAGACAAAGAUCAUCCUCUUGGUCGUUUCCUCUCAACUUUGGGGCUCUCGGUUAUGGACUGGCAUGGAGAUCUUGCUAUCGGAUGCAAUUCACAAACCCAGAUACCUAUUGGACGACACACAAACUUGAUUGGCCGUGUCAACAUUAACAAUAAGGGGUCUGGACAAGUUAGUAUUCGUUUGAACAGUUCAGAACAGCUUCAGAUUGCCUUGGUAAGCUUAAUUCCACUUGUCCAAAAGCUGCUUAGCUUCUCUCAACCAGUGCAAUUUUGAUGAUGAUGAAAAUAAGGCCACUGCACCAUACUGCCAUUCAGUGAUUCACAAAUCACUUGUAUAGUGGCCAUCAGCUGAUCGGCAUCACUGAACGUGAAUGCACAUUGUUUUCUUGAGACGAGAGAGAGGAGAUGCAUUACUGAGCUUCACGAGGAAAAAUGUUUGUGUCCAAGAUCAUCUGAAAGCAUUCGGUUGUAGCCUAAGAAGAGAGUUUAGCCAACCCCCCUGUUCAAAUUUCAAUUUUGGUUAUUAUCAUGAUGGGGAGAUUGAAUGCUCUUGUAAACUUGAUUGGGAAAUGUUAGCUAGUUAAGUUUCUAAAUAGAUGAUGAAAAAUGGAUUAAUGGUAUAGCAAGUUGAGUUUAGCUAUUGUAAUAUGGGGCUGCUGUUAUGCUGUUGAUGAGCCGUUCUAGUAUGCUCUUUUCGCGGGCUUCGUCGAACUGCAUUUUUGUAUUUGGUCUGCACUUCCUUGCUGGUUAAGUAACUUCUAGUCUUGAGAUUAAUUGCGAGAUUUUAACGAUUGGAGUUUAUUUAGCCCAGUCGGAUGGAUGUUUGUGCUUUUAUUCUAUUAAUAAUAGUAAACAUACAAAGCCAUGUGGAAGAUCCAAAGCAGAAUGAUCAUCUGCUGUCUAUUUACUAGACAUUGUAGCCAUCAAAUGGCCUCUGCCAAGUAAUAGUGAAAUGAUUAAUUGCUUUUGAUA